AUGGAGAGCAUUGCUUUUAUAAUAAAGUAUUCUGGACAUCGGACUGAAGAUAAUUGCUAUGUUGAUUACACAACUGAGGCAAUUAUUAUUAAAGAGUAUGCAUCGUAUAAAGAUUUAGUUGAUGAAGUUGCUAAUCAGAUUGGCGUAGAUUUGAGGUAUAACAGAUUGAAACUUAAGUAUAAAAUAGAAGGUAGCAUUGCACCUUUGGUGAUACACAACGAUAUGGGAAUGAGGGUAUAUGUCUCAUUGAAGAAAGAAGUUCAGAAAUUCGCAAAGUAUCCCAUUUGUGUAACUAUAUUUGUGAAUGAUCGUGACAUACAUUGUAGAAAUCAUCAUGACGAAGAUAUUGGCUUGUGUGUAAUAAACGGAAGAUGUACAACUGAUAGCCAAGCAAUUGUUAUUAGUGCACCACUAAUCAGUGAUGAGUUAAGCAAUUCUAUUAUGUGCAAUAUGAAUCAUAAUGAAGUCAUUGAGGAUCAAGUUUAUAAGAAUAAACGUACUUUGAAAGCUGUGAUGAUGAAAUAUGCCAUUGAUAAUAGAUUUCAGUGGAAGACAAAAAGAUCAAGUUUAGUAAGUUAUACACUUGUUUGUGUAUCUGAAAAUUGUGGAUGGAUAAUGAAGGCUUCCAACAUCAAUAAAUCGGGAAUGUUUAGAAUUAGAAAGUUUGUAGAUGAACAUACAUGUUCAUUAAAAGAUAAGGUGUAUAGUCAGAGACAAGCAACAAGCAGUCUAGUUGGAGGUAUAAUAAAGCCCAAGCUAGUUGAUCAUAAAAGAAAGUUGACACCGAAAGACAUACAAGUUGAUGUUAGACUCGAACUUGGUGUAGACGUAUCUUACUCUGUGGCAUGGAAUGCUAGGGAAAAGGCAAUAAAUACAUUAAGGGGGACACCAUCUGAUUCAUAUAGUAAAUUACCCAGUUAUUUAUACAUAUUGGACACCACUUAUCCUGGAUUGCAUAUAAGAUUGAAGAAGACGGAAGAAAAUAAAUUUCUAUAUGUCUUUAUAGCUUUGUUUCCUUUCAUAAAAGGUUUUGAAAGUUGUAAGCCAAUAGUUGUAGUAGACGGCAGCCAUUUCAGAGGGACUUAUAAUGGCUCAUUUGUGUCUGCAAGCACAUUGGAUGGAGCAGGAAAUAUAUUGCCCCUAGCAUACGGUGUUAUUGAUUCGGAAAAUGACGCAUCUUGGACUUGA